CAAAUUUCAUAAGCAAAAAAUCAAAACCAAAAAUGCAAAUAGAAAAAGAAAACGAAGAAAAUGCAAUGGACUCGUUGUUGUGUCCAAGUUUCAGUACUUAUUCUUCUAAUAACUUAAACGACGUCGCUCACCAAGUUAUUUACGAAAACGACAGCUCCAACUCUCAAAACGACGAUUUCGAAUUCGUCGUGUUUCAAAAAACUUCUGAUGAGGUUUUCUUCGAUCACCGCCGCCGCAAUACGGCUCACAGAGUUUUCCCGAUAUUUAACCGUGACGGCGAUAAGAGAAAUUCUGAUGCGGUAGAGAUUUCUGUUCCGUUGCGGAAAUUGAUAAAUCGUGACGGUGAGAGAAAGACUUCCGAUACGGCGGAGAUUUUGACUCUGUUACGGAAGUUGAUGAUCGGAGAUGCGAAGCGGAAUAUUGAUCCUCCGUCUUCGUCCUCGUCUUCAUCGGAGGUGGAAGACGAUCUGGAAGAUGUCCUGCCGGCGUCAUGUUGCUUGUGGACACCGAAGUCUCCGAUGGCUUCUCCAAUCAAAUGCAAGAAAAGCAAUUCCACUGGUUCCUCUUCCAAUUCUUCGGCAUCAAAGCGAUGGAAGUUUCUGAGUUUACUCAGGCGAAGUAAAAGUGACGGUAAAGAAUCGUUGAUUCUCGUAACUCCGUCAUUAGAGUUUAAGAAGGAAGCUAAAGUGGAGAAAUCAAAGGUGAAAAGCGGUGAGAAAAGCUUUCGGAUAGUUGCUGAAAAAAAUAUUCCGGUAACGGAGAGGAAAAUUCCGGCGCCGGUAACGGCAAUGGAAGCAUUUUAUUUAAGAAAGAAAGAGAAUAAGAGAAAAUCGAAUUUAGCUUAUAAGCAAGAGUUGAUUGGUUUUGGUAUUGGUUUUCAUGCUCAUAUUGGAAGAGUUCAUGUUUGAUUAAUUUUACUUCAAAUUUAAACUAUUUUUAGUUUAAAAAAAGAUUAUAGGUAGGUUAACUUUUAAGGUAUUAAUUUCUUACAUAAUUCAGUUUUGGAAUAGGAAAAAGUAAAAGAAAAGUGAACCAUGAUUUUAGAUUUUAGAUAGUGAUACAUAUAAUAUUUAUGUAACUAUAUGAAUUAUGAUCAAUGGAAAACGGUGUGAUAAAAUUUGUGAAUUUUGAUGUAUUUGUCAUUGAGAAAGGGUCCAUGACCACUUUCUAGU